CAUUCAUAUUAUAAAUAAUAAUAGCAAGGCUAUUAUUGUUGUUUUUCUUUUCUUUUCUUCCACCAUGAUAAUGUAUCUCACUUGCCUCUCAUUAAAAUACUUCUUCAACUUCAAGAUCUCUCAUUCUUUUUCCUCCUUUUUAAUCUCUCUAUAAUGCUUUCCAUCACAUUCCAACAUCGGGGUUGAGUAAUGUAUAUGAUUUCAUCCCUUCUAUUCUUCUCUCCCAACUUUCCCACUUUCCGCAUUGCUCAACAUCAAGCUUGCUCCAGUUUUCGCCAUGAAAUUAGGUUCUCAAGAAAAUGAUUUGGCUUCAUCUCCAGGGAAAAGUGUAAAUGGAAGUUUCAGGAAAUUUAGAUCUGGUUUUCUGCGAAGUGAUUUUGACUCAUCACCAGGGCAAAGUUUGGAUGGAAGUUUCAGAAAGCCUAAUUCUGUUAUAUCUGCCCACAGUAUAUCUGGUGUUUCAGCUUCAAGCAAUUUCAAUCCCAUUUCUAGAAGAGUAUACAAGGGGUUAAAGGAUUAUAGGAAGAAACUUGUUGACCGAGAACUAUUCACUCAAAGUCUUGAAGAUUGGAUUAUUAAAAAAUCUCUUGAAGAUGAAGCUACUGGGGAACAGUCUUUCCAGUCUCCUUUUCUCAUGGAUGAAUUGCGCAAUCUUGAUUUAGCAUUAGAAGGGGUUUUAUUUCAGCAGCUGUGUCGUAUGCCAUGCUCAGCAUAUGCUUCUGAUUAUUUUGAAGAAGAGGAGUUUCUUGCACUAGAAGAUUUCCUCCAUGCUAUUCUAAAUGGCCUCUGGCGUACAUUUUGGCGUAAAAGUGGACCAUUGCCGUUCUUUUUAUCUUGUCCUCGCCAUCCUGGAUCCAGGUUUUAUUCUGUAGAGAAGGCAAUAUCUCAAGGAAAGCUUGAUGAGCUCUGUGGAUUAGCUUUGAUAGCUAAAACUGAGAAUGAUUUGCAAGUCCGUUGGGAUCAAGUGGUACAGUUUACCUUAUUUAGAUCAGACAUAUUGUCAGAAAAUGAGUUGAAGUUGUCUACUAGCAGCAUUUGUGAAGCUCUAUUUUAUGGUAUUCAUGUACUUCUUGCUAGAAGUUUGAGCAAGUUCUGUAACAUUGACAACGAUUCUGUUUUUGUUUUGGUUCUUGAUUCCAAAUUCGGUGGAGUGGUAAAACUUAGUGGUGAUAUUGGUAAACUUGAAUUCAACUCAGCUAACCCAUAUCAAUCUGUGGUUGAGUGGAUCAAAUGCCAUGCUGAAAUCAGUAUUUCUGCAGUUGACCAGAUAUGGAACAAGCUGGGAAAUGCAAGUUGGGGGGACCUUGGAACUCUGCAGAUAAUUCUGGCAACUUUCUAUUCCAUAGUCCAGUGGAAUGGACCACCAAGGAAGUCAAUAGCCUCAUUGGCCUCAGAUCAUUGCCUUCGCCUUCAGAAACGUAGGUUAGAGUGCCGUCUAAUGGAGAAUGAAAAUGCACUGGUACCUUCCCAAUAUACAAGCCAUCAACAAGGAGAGAUUGUUGAAGUUGAUCAGUGUGAUACUCCAACAUUCAGAAAGGAAGCAUCACGCUUAAAGCUCAAGGAGGGUGAAAUAUUGGUACUGGAGGAUCAACGACAGGGGCAAAGAAAUUUUCAAAUACAGGAUUCUUUGGAAGGAGGGAACUAUUUCCUCUACAGUGCUGUUGCUCUAGAAAAUCCCGUGGAGCUGUUGACUUUGUAUGUGGGUGCUCAUCCAUCCAGGCUGGAGCCGUCUUGGGAGGAUAUGAGUCUGUGGUACCAAGUACAGAGGCAAACCAAAGUAUUAAACAUCUUGAAGCAACAAGGGAUCUCAAGUAAAUAUUUGCCAGAAAUCAUUUCUUCUGGUCGAAUUUUGCAUUCUGGUCCCUGUAAAAAACAGAGCCCAGGGGGACGCUGUGAUCAUUCAUGGUGUGGAACCCCAAUACUUGUGACAUCUCCAGUUGGGGAGCCACUUUCACUAGUAGUUGCUCAUAAUGGCUUGUUGUCAUCAGAAGAGGCAAUACGCUGCUGCCGAGACUGCCUAGUUGCUCUAAGAAGUGCAGCCUUGGCCAACGUUCAGCAUGGUGAUAUUUGUCCUGAAAACAUAAUACGUGUUGUUGACUCACAGGCCAUGAGAAACAAAUUUCUAUAUGUCCCAAUAUCAUGGGGACGUGCAGUAAUUGAAGACAGGGACAGCCCAGUAAUAAAUUUACAGUUCUCAUCAUCUAAUGCACUUCAGCAUGGGAAGCUUUGUCCAUCAUCCGAUGCUGAGAGCCUCAUUUACCUCUUAUUUUUUGUUUGUGGAGGAACUAUGGAGCAACAAGACUCAAUCGAAUCUGCAUUGCAAUGGAGGGAGAGAAGUUGGGCAAACCGGUCAAUUCAGCAGCAUCUAGGCGAGGUUUCAGCCCUCUUAAAGGCAUUUGCUGAUUAUGUGGAUAGUCUGUGUGGAACCCCAUAUCCAGUCGACUAUGAUAUUUGGUUAAAAAGACUAAAUAGAGCUGUGGAUGGCACAGCAGAUAGAGGUAAAAUGAUUGAAGAAGUAGCCAUAACUUCCAGACUAGAGGAUGUUGCUGAGUCUUCAGGAACCUCAGCAGGUGGUACUUAAAUUAGUUUUCAUAGUAAAAGAGAGCUGAGUUUUGUUGGGGUUUGGUUUUGUACCAGUUUUUGAGUGAAAUUGGCAUAGUGUUGGUUCAAUAGGAUCUCAACACAAGUUGUCAAUCUCAACAAUGUGAAUCUUUUAUCAAGUUGAGGCUUCAUAGCAAGAUGAAGAAAUUGUGUAGUCAUUGUUGGAUUGGAUUCAAUGUAAAUGUAUCAUGAUUGUAAUUGUUCUUCAUUAUUAAUUGAUUAAUUGGA